AUGCACGCAGAAAAAAGCAAAAAACUAGUGCGCGAACUCAAAACGUCGAAAUGGCUUCCUCCUUACAACGUAGCCCUUAUUUCAGAGAUUUCCCAAGAUAUGGCUUCAUUAUACGAAAAAGCCGUCUCAGAUCUAGAGGACCGAAACACCGAUUCUGCUCUAAUAAAAUCUAGCCUGGUUAAUCGAAAUAAACGCUGUGUUCUUGCUUAUCUAAACUACCGCCUUACUAAACUCGAGUGCCUUCGCUUAGAAACCGGCCCAAACAUCCCUCCCCACUUUUCAAAUCAGCUUAACAAAGAUGAAAUGGACUAUUUCAAGCAGUACUCAGCCUUACUGCAAGACUAUUCUCGUAAAGUCAGCAAAUCUUUAGAUUUGACUGGUGACUUGCAGCCACCAAAAGACGUUUUUGUUGAAGUUCGGGCAACUGAAGAUGUAGGAGAUAUCGUGCUGCCAGAGACUGGACAGGUGUCAUUAGAAAAAAAUACGGUGCAUUUAUUAAGGAGAAGUGAAGCGGCUGGACUUAUAAGGCAAGGUGUGCUGCAACAUAUCAAUUAA